UUUUAUUUACAAUCUUAUGCAAAUAAAUAUUUUUCAAAGUUGAUAAAUAAAAUUGAGCCUCAGAUUGCUCAUCAACCGAUCUCUUCCAAUUUAUCUAAUAUUAUUAAUUAUAACCAUAUUGCGACGAUUUCAUCUUGGAUUGAUAAUCAUCAUUCGACAUAUAAUAUUUCAGAAAUACCUUACAGGUUUAGAUUACUCUACAGAGGAAGUAGAUAUGGAUUUUCAUGUGCAUCGUUUCAUAGAUUGUGUGAUAAUUUAUUGGGCACUGUGGUUGUUAUAAAGAUUGUUAGUACAAAUGAAAUAUUGGGUGGAUAUAAUCCAUUAGCCUGGUCAUCUGCUAAUCCAAUUAAAUGGUCAAGAACAGAUGAUAGUUUUAUUUUUUCAUUAAAACCAACCACUAUCCUUAGCAGGGCAAUCAGCGCAGAUAGUGCAAUUGGAUCUUUUGUCGAAAAUGGACCAAUAUUUGGAUAUAAUUUCUUUAUGACAAAUAACAAUGGGACAUGGCAUUAUAAUGGCACCGCUGCAUGUUAUGAAAAGCAGCUUAGAGGUACAAAUGGUGAUAUUAUGAUUGAUGAGGUUGAAGUUUUCCAAGUC